AUGAAACAGCAUCUGUUUUGGCACCUGGUCUUUGACUUUAAAGAAACUUUUAAAAAGGCAAUUAGUGGAGGACUUCCUGAGCUAAAGGAGAAAACAAAUAAUGUGGAUAAUUCCAAACCGUUUUCCACUUCUCUCCAGAAUGAAUUCAUCCCCGAGGAAGUUCUUCUUUCUCUAACCUCUGCAGCUAAUGCUGGCCCCUGUCCUGAAAACUUAUUGCCUUCUAAGAAAACUAAAACUCCAAAGUGUACCCUUCCACGUACUGCAGAUCAUGUCUGGCAGCACCCUGUUCGAAGGAAUAGAUUCAAAUACCUGAUUGAUCAUCCUGUCUCUCUAACUGGAGCUGGAAGAGAUAUUUCUUUUCUUUAUGAUGUUAAGUAUGUAAAAGGAGUGGCUAAGGAGAAUGAACUUUGUCCCCCACGUAUUGGCCGGUCCAUACAGUCACAUGAUGGUGUCAUUGUGCCUCAUAAGCCAAAGACAUUAACAGAUACUUUGAUUCCUGAAGAAUUUCAUAUUGUGUCAAAUACAGGAGUUUCAGGUUUGGAGUGUUACGAUGAUAAAUACACAACUCUUCUCACAGAUAGUGAAAACAGACUGUUACUCUUCCCAUCUAUGAAACCUAAUAAAAGAGUUGAAGUGAUCCAGCUGAAUGAUGUGAUGGACUCAAUGCUAGAGAAAGCUGGUAUAGAAAGUAAGGAAUACACAGGACCAACCAAGAUGCACCAGCUACUACAUGUGUUGAAGAAGGAACAGGCCAUUUACAAUACAGUGUUUCAUGAACUUAUUCGACAAGUCAGUGUGGACUGUGCAGACAGGGGAGAGCUGCUAUCCAAGAUCAGACAGAGGUAUGUGCAGAUGCUUGACCAGAUUGCCCGGCAGAUGAUUGACUUCUACAAAGACUUGGUGACUCAACGAGUGAUGGACCAGCGCAUUUUAGAAGAACUGUAUAAUUUCAAGCAUGUUAUUGAAGAAUUGACCAGGGAACUUUGUCUGGUUCGGGCACAUGAUAUAAAAUUAACAAAGGAAGCAGACAAAGCCCGCAAGGAAUUGGAACAGGCUAUUUUAGAUGCUGAGAAGAAUGCAAAAAUUGUUGAAGAAUACCAUGAUUUGUAUUCAUUACAAAGAGGAAGGAUGGAGAAUGACAUUAAACAGCUAAUGGAUGAAAGAGAUAUUUGGAGCUCAGCCACAUAUGAAUUGGCCCUAAAGGUAAUCAUAAGAAAUAGAGUCAUAAUGGCUAAACAACUCUACCUCAAUGAAAAAGCCUGGAAUAAGUACGUUAAGCAUUUCAUCACCAUGCUCUCAACCAAGGACACUGCAGACCAUGCACUGUUGGAGAGGUUGACAGAAAAGUGGAAAAACUUACUGGACAAAUUUAAAAUGGAGGUGGAACACACUGAAGAGUCCGUGAAGGAGAAAGCACAGAUUGUAAAGGAUGGCCUUCUCAAAUGGCAGCCCUUCUUCAUGGAGAAUACUAAAAAAAGUAUCUUCUCCCUUUUGAAGGGAAAUACACUGAUUUUACUUCCUUCAGAGCUCAAGAAAUGGCAAAGGAUGCUGAGUGAGGAAUCAGCAAAGUUUUCUGGGGAUACUCUACUGUGCAGAUAUGAUACUCUGAAGAUUAUUCAGCACUUACAUGAAAACUGGGCAGAUAUUGGAUUUGGGAUCUUUCGUCGCCAUAGAAGUCUGGAGGGGCAGAUGCCACCAGAGCUGCAGUACAUGGAGGAACUAAUGCAGUACAUAAAAAAGCUCUACAAAGAAUAUGAAAUAAGAAUAAAUGGGGACAAUGGUAUCUCUAAAAUUAUUCCAAAUUUGAUUGCUUCUCUUGACGUCUGUUUUUACAAGCUGGAAAAGGCAGAAUCUUCAGAUAAUCCUCUUGAAGAAUGGGAGGAAAUAAAUGAAAAAAUCAAUGAAAUGAAAUCUCAAUUGGAUGCAUUGUUACGCUUUAUUGGUAAUGUUCCACAAUACAUGACUUUGGAUUCUGGCCUGUCACUUCAAGAUCAUAUAUUUAAUAUGAUUCAACAAUUGAGUUUGAAGAUAGGAAAUGAAAUUAACAAUGGUAACAUUGAACUUCGGCGCCAUGUGGAUGCGUUGCAUAUAGUUAUGGUCCAGUGGAUGGUAAACUUGCUGAUUGUAAUGGUUCCUGACUUAACUGACCCGGACACUCUUCCAAAGUUGGAGCAGGACAUUAUUGAAAGUACUAAGCAACGUGAUGUAGGAAUUGCAGAAUUAGAGCUAAAUGCGAUUGAACUGUCCAAAAAGUUGGCCCAAUACUCCUGCUAUUUGGCCAGUUGUUGCAACGUGAUGGUAACAGCAAUCACUCUGAGUAAAGCAGCUCACUUAGAAAAAGAUGCCUCUAAGGAACGUCAAGAACUGGAAAAGUUAAAGAGAGAAUGUUUUGAGUGGAUCAGCACAUGUACUUACCUCCUCUCUGAUAUCAAAGGCAAAAAUGUAAGAUUAUUGACAUAUGAAGAAAUUGUUCAACUACUUGGAGAAGAGGAAGUUAUAAAACAGUUUACAGAAUCUGAACUAGAGGAUCUUUUCAAAGAGGAUGAAGAAGGAAACCAAAUGGGUGAGGAACCUCAAAAGGAAGAGACAAUAGAGAAAGUAGCAGAGGAACCUUCAACAUCUACAAACAAGGAAAGAACUGUUCGAUUCCUUGGCAAAGAUAAAAAUAUUCAUUCCAAGUUUCUAGAUGCAGCAGAUGUCUUGACAUCCUGGAGAAAAGCGGCUGGCAAAGGCACAUUGGCCCAAAAGUAUAUUGAAUUAAUGGCUGUAAUGGAACACAUGCAGGUGAAGUUAAUAGAGGUUGAAAGCAGAGCCAAACAGGCAGAGGAAAAGUUUGAUAAGGUAAAUGAACAGCUUCAGUUUACACUCAUAAGGAAUAAAAACUUGGAGAAGGAACUAAAGGAAAUAGUCAUGAGCUCUAAAAAGGAGGAGAUACAAGAAGUACCUGAAAAAGUACCUGAAAAAGAAAAUGAGAAAGAACAAAUCAACGAAGAAAAAGAAGAGAAAGAACAAAACAACGAAGAA